AAUUCGAGUAGAAUUUAAGACAGCUUUGCCCAAACACAUCUUUUCUAAAGGUAGAGCACAGGAGGCCACAUUAACAUCAACUGAAAGCUAAUCAAAAGUGAAAACCUCUUCCUCUUCAAAAAUAAACUUUUUUAUUGAUCCAGAGAGAGGGGAACGAACAUGGCGGCGAUGACAAGCGCGUUAAUAGCAAUAGCAGGAGUGGUGUUGGGAUGGAUAGCCAUAGAAAUGGCGUGCAAGCCCUGUCUGGAGAAAGGCCGUGAAGCCAUUGACCGAUCUCUGGAUCCUGACUACGAUCCCGACGACAACGACGUUCGUGCUCCUCUUAACCCAGAUCCAGAACAACCCAAUUCUAAUGCCACCGCCACUUCUUCAGAGGCGAUUAAGAGCGUCUGAUUUACCUCAAUUUUGCCAUCUCCCUGCAUUUUUUUUACAAAAUGAAACAAGAAAAAUUGAGUGUAAUUUUGGUGUGAUGGUGUUGGUUUUUUUAAGUGGAAUUGAAUCUUCUUUUCUAGCAAUGAAAGGAUGAAAGUUGUUGGUUCUAUGAAAUGAAAUCUUGAAAGCAUCUCUUUUUUUUAUCUUUUCUUUUUAGUUUCAUAUAUUUA